AUGGCAGAGAGUAUUGAUGAUUCUCUUCCAUUGAUUGAAGAAAAAGAUCUAGAUAAAUUUAGUUUAACACUUGAUCAAUUUAAUAGUGUUAUACCGGAAACAGUAACAAAAUAUUAUAUGCAGCAAAGUGCUUUACAAACUGAUGAUGAACGAUGUGUAAAAUUAAUGUCCCUUUCAGUACAAAAAUUUAUGUCUGAAAUUAUUAAUGGUUGCUUUCAGUUACAAAAAUUACGAGAGAAAUCAAACAAUCGUCCUGUUACUAACACUCAACCAACCGUAAUCGAAGCAAAACCAGAAAAUACUGAUCAAGCAAUACAUACGGUUGAUGCGAAAAAACCAACACCAUCUACAAAUAAUACAUUGAAACUCAAUGAUCUAACAGAUGUGCUCGAAGAAUUCGAUAUUAAUGUAAAAAAAACAUAUUAUUACACAUAA